AUGGACGGGCCGAUAAGCGUGCGUCGGCCGCAAGCACCCAUCGUGGAUGAGCCCAUGCAAGAAACCGCUAUCAUCGUCGCAGACGCCUACUUAUCCAACUCAAACCAGACACCGCUUGCGAUUCUUCCAAAGUCAUUGAAUGAUCAAGACUCCUGCAUUCCAACAGACCUAGGUCUGGACUUGCAGCCUAAUCCUCCGCUGAAGGAGCUGGAAGAAAAACAUAGGACAGACACGCCCGCUUUCGAUGAAAAGGUAGAGAUAGUGCCGAUAACUGAUGCAGACUCUGAGUCUCCGAUCAUGACCGUGAGGUCUGUCUUGAUCGGUGUCCUUCUAUCCGCGUUUGGGGUUUCAAUUACCCAGCUUUUCCUCUUCAAGCCGGUUCACAUGCAGAUAAAGCUAAUCUUUCUCCAAAUGAUAGGGACGUACGAGCUGUACUUCGACCGCGUUAUAAGCUUCGGCGUUGCCUUUGGGAUUUUAAUGAGCUCCCAACUCAUCGGUGAAGUCCUUCCCAGCGUCUCUCUCUUGACUUCCCUGUUCAAAGUGGGAUCUGAAUCCGAGGACCAGGUGAGAUUCUUCAAGAAAGCUUUUGUAGCUGUCUCGAUUUACGAGAUAUUCCCGACGUAUAUCACACCGGCCUUCCAAGCCAUCAAUAUCUUCUGUUUGACGUUACCUAAAAACCAGCUUGUUACGACGAUUUUUGGCGGAGCUCGACCAUUUGAGGGCAUGGGGCUGUUCAGCAUAUCUGCAGAUUGGUCUAUGGUUGGUGGUCGGGGACCGCUAUAUCUGCCUCUGAGUACGCAAAUCCAUCAGCUGGUUGCUUUGGUGGUAUCUACUUUGGCCUUCUUUUUGGUUUAUUCGAAAUCUUGGUUCGGUGCCGGUCUUACUCAAAAUUUCCCGUUCAUGUCAGCAAGUCUACUCACUGCAGACGGGAAAACAUAUCCGUAUCGACAGGCUGUUAACGCAGACGGGGGUUUGCUACGAUCACGCUUGUGGCUAUUGGCUUGA